GGUACGGAGCACGUGGUUUUGUCAGCUUGCUUGCUGGUAUUAAUUUGCUUCUGCAACACUGCUUAGUGCUUGUGCUCUUUAUUUAUAUCCCAACUGAAUCUUCAGAAUGUCGCGGCGCUGUGCUGUACCGCGUUGUUCAUCGCAGGGGGCAACCUUCCAUGCGCUUCCGAGGAGGAACCCCCGGAGACAGUUGUGGCUCGAUGCUUUGUGGCCACAAGGGGACUUACCCUACAACCUGAACAUAGUUGUGUGUAGUGAGCAUUUCACAGCGGACUCAUUCAUAGCUAAUACGCUGAAUGCUGCGGCUGCAAAAGAAGCUGGUAUUGCGUUUUCACGGACGAGGCUAACGAGCGAUGCAGUCCCAACGCUACGCCUGAAUGGGGACGACGUGCAAUCUUCUGACGAACCCGAGAGCGAAUGUUUUGAAGUGAUCGAACAGUCGCUCGGUUGCGCACUGGAGAACAAUGUCAAGAUGAUCCCUCAUGGGGAUCAUACGUACUCUUUGAGCUGGGACAGCCGCGGAAGUGAUGACGGAAACGAUAGUACCAGUGCGAGCGGAUAUGACGAAAGCAAUGGUGGCGAGCCAGAGCCAGACACUGUGUCGGUGUCCACUGAAACUGAUGCUUCACUGAUAACCUCAAAAAAUAAAGGUACGCAAGUGAAUUUCUGUGUGAAGGCGCUCGCCACAGUGGGGACACAGACAUACAUGUGGUUCAAGUGCAACGCAUGCAAGGGAAGCUGCCGUUUUGCCACGGCUGUCCAUCCAGGGGUGAGAUGAACACAUGAGGUGAGCAACACCCAUGAAGCAGGCGCCAGGUCCCAAACCAGAUUCCAAGGAACUAAUGCUGAUCAUCGAACAAGCAGGGCAUCAGUAUGGGUACAGUGCUGUGUGCAGUCGGGAAUGAUGACCACUUUGAAGACAAAGAAUUUUCAAACAAGCAGAGGACGUGGCUGAAAAAGUCAGCAUGCCCAGCAAUUCAUUGGGAUCAGUGCAUCGUGAGGGACAAUGAUUACUGACAAAUUUUGAGAAGGAACGAUGUGCUGACCUCUGUCGCUGGACUUCGAUCUUCGUUUUGUUCGACGUGUGUGUUGUACACAAUUAACGUAGAAGUUCUAUGGAACAAUGGGAAGAAAACACCAGGUGUUGGAGCUGUCACAUGCCCAUUUUGCGACGAAGUGGAAGGACUUGAAGGAUCCAACAUAGAUUCAUCCUUACAAUUUGAUGAGUAUUGUUCAGUUUCCAAAUCGUAAUGUCCAUUCGUAGCAGGGAUAUCUAAAAGAAAUAAUAAAUGACGAAAUUAGUUUCAAAAUUCCACUUGUGAUGAAAAAUUAUGAAAAGCCCUUACAUUCAGGGUCGUCGUCGUAGCUGAGCUCGGAGUCUUCAGUCCUUAUAGAUAUACACCUAGUGCCAUCGAUAAAACUUACCUGGAUCCAUCUGGAAAGGAUAAUGGAGCACACAACUGUUUUGAAAAGCCACACUGUUCACGAGCCAGUCGUGACGCAACUCGUGAGGAGAACAUUCUAUGGGCAAACUUCCCCACUCUCGGGGUCGUACCCGCCCGUCCGCCCAGCCUGCGAAGGGACAGAGACACUCAGCCAAUUGAACAAACAACCAAUAUUUAUUUUACCUUGGCACACCGCAACCAGACGCACCGUGUAGUACAGCAACAGAUAAGUAUCCUCCGCUCCAGUCCCGUGAGCACACCCCCCAAAACGCCGUCGGCGCGCGCUUAAAUGAUCUGCUUCCUGCGGCAGCGACCCGUGGUGAUAACAGUGUCCUGUUUCAGAUGUCUGGUGGCGCCACCCCAUACUCCCCACCCACAAGCCAACAGGCACAGUUCUCACAGGUCGUCGGGGAUGUCCAAGUCAAUGAGGUCGUCGUCCCUCUGUGGGGGUGCCUGCGCUACUUCGUCUGUGUGUCUCAGGAGAUGGGGGUGUAGCCUGUGAACGGUGGCUACGGCGGCGGCUAAGUCGACAUUGGCAGGGUUGCUACCCUCCACUCGGGAGCGAUGCAACUGUCCGCGGUGAUGGGCGGCAACAUUAAUCUGGGGGACCUGACAGUCUGGGCAAAGCAGGCGUUGCUCUUCCGGUGAGAGGGGUAGGAAAGGGUUUGCCGGGUGCCUCUCGGCAAGCGUCAAGUCUUGGAACGGCCUUGGAUGCGUGAAGGGUCCUGGGUCCUCAGAGGGCGGGCCUGCGCGGACCACUUGGAAUGAGAAGCCCAGGAGACUGUGUAGCCGUUGCUGACGACUGUCCAGGUAGCGGCAGACCGCCGCCUUGGUAGAAAGGAUCGAGAGCGUCCCUGAUACGGCGUCUUCCUUGUCCUCUCUGGGAAUCGAGAUGGCUGGGACAUAAUAGCUGUUAAAAAAAAAAAGAAAGGGUAAACAGUAAGAGGGAGACUCCAUACUGCGAGCACCUGGAAAAGCGCUCCACGAAUAUACCAGUGGAAGACUGUGUAACGGAAACCACACUAAACACACUGCAACGUGAGCACCAGGUUUUGGUGACCGAAAUAGUGAAUUAGCGGAGAUUCAGUGGCUAGACAGCCUUGUGGUCCGCGUGUUUGAAGCAAGGCGGACCUCUCGAGGUUCCUACCUGCAGUGAUCGUCCUCUGCAUGAAUACGAAGGGAUCAAACGCAUGGGGGAACAACACAUUAGAGUCACUGUUUGCUCAUCCCAACCAGCUAAAAGCCGGCACUCAUUCGAGUAGACGCAAAAUUAACUAGGAAGAUACGGUGAAACUACGAUCUUCCCAUGCUAUCGCUUCAGAGCUAUCAAAGUGAUAUGCUCGGAGAUACAAGCGUAAGCAGGGGUGUGGCACUGACGUGAUUACCUGUGCAACGCAUCAGAUAUCACUGCAACCUACAGGAUGCUCGUGAUUAUGACUUGGUUCAGGAUUAUCAGAAGUCUAAUGGCGCGUGCGGCAGGUGUGACAGUACAGGUAACAGCCAGCUGGCUGUUGACUGUACUGUAAGUAGAAGAGAAUAAAAUAGAGAAUCAGUAGAGAAUAGAUAGGGAAUAAAGAAUCGAUAGAGAUACAGGCAACCACAAUGCACUAGGCUAUUAUACAGGUAAGCAGAAUGCACCAAACUGAUAAUACUAACAUUGACAAUACAGAACCUCCAUAUAACCAAUUUGUAAGUGCUGGAUCUUUUUUGCUUUAAGUAGAGAAAUUCGUUGAAUGACUUUAAAGGUCCCGUUGAUAAAGAUGGUACCCGCACGGCAGAGCUUCUCCAGAUUUCCUUGUGUUGAAAACGCCUGAAAUAUUGAUUGAAGAGAUGCAAGCAUGUAUUCAACCGUGUGCUAUUCAGGGCCUUUUAUUGACAAACGUAGAAAGCUGCUCACCAAUAUUUUAUCCUCUGAACUGAAGAAAGUUGUCGCCGUCCAGUGUCUUCCGCCAGCAGCCCUUGACUUGACAUCAGUGAACGACGGCAUCGCUGCUGCACUUUGGGUGUCAGUGAUGCGCGCUGCAGCUUGGUCUCUGGAAUGCAAUAUCCACAAUAAAUGCCCGCAAGAUCAAUUUUUCCACGCUAGUUACGCACGUUCGCAUUGUCAAAUGUAACAUAACAAAAUGAAGAACCUCGUACCUGUAGAGCUGAAGGAUAGGCUUCAUGGGCUGCCGGCAUACAGAAUCUUUCAGGGCGGUCAUGUGGCGUCUGUAACUCGCUCUUGCUUAUCUGGUAUGUUCUCGCUCUUGUGGGGGUAUGCUGUCCCCAGUGGCUGCUGUAUGCUCCUUCGGAGAGCACAACGGUAGCACGGUAACCUCUAGCACAUUUGUAAUAUUCAGUAAAACUCGCGGAUAGCGACAUCGCGUAUUACGAUAUCACUCAUAAAACGAUGGUUCAUGAUUUUACCGUCAAAAUAUACAUUGGUUCUAUGGGGAUACGACCCGCGUAUAGCGAUGGAGACCGCGGUUCCGAGUAUUCGUAUAACGAUGUUGGACGCUGUCCCGUGCGCGUAACCACGCGGCGAUUUUCGCCGCGAUAAGAUACAGUAGAGUCUCGAUGCUACGAAUCUCACGGGGUAGCGGAAAAAAUUCGUAUCAUCUGAAAUUCACAUAAAAAGAAUUAAACCAGAAUAAAAUUUGAGGCAAGAAAGUAGACAGCGACUGUUCGUUUUCCAAUGCUGUCAGUGAAAGAGGUAGGUGGUAACGCUUUUGUGUCUCCGUAUUUGGCCGCAUUGGCUCAAAUUCGCGAGAUGAUUCAAAAGGCCUACCACGUGCUUUCCACCCGCGAGUCGCGCGACAGUGUUCUAAAGCGAGCUUCUCCUAGAGCACGCAGGCGUUAGGUGAAGCCGACUUGCGGAAUGGUGACGUGUAGUGUUGCCAGAAGUUGUCCUGCUAUGUUGUCUGGUUCCCUCCACGAGUUCUGAUCGCUGUUUUCCCAAGCCACUGCGAUGUCACACAGCUUCGCGUUUUUUUUUUUUUUAGCAUCUGUUUCUUUUUCUUUUGCUACACGCGGGGUGGCGCUAUUUAGGUCAGCCCUCGUUUAACGAUGUACCCCGUACAACGAUGGAAUUCGCGAUUACCGUCAAUAUCGUUAUACGCGGGUUUCACUGUAUGGUACCGUUCAUCAUCUUUGAGGUACGGUAGAUAUAACCCUCGACGAGCAGAUGUUUACACCCUCGUUCUGUGCUCAGAAACUCAAGCUGCUCCCUAGCUGCCAUACUGACGUGAAAUAAACUCCAGCAAUGCUUAUGAAUUGAAAAGGUCAUUGG